UCCACAAUUGUGUUUGUGUAUUCUUUGUGUGGUAAUAGUCUAUAUAUGUUGUACUGGACAAAGGUAUCAUCGACUACUGCUGCAGUACUCAACUUGAUAUCGUGUGCUCAGCUCAUACUUCGACAUUUGACUCGUAAUUCGAUAUAUUCAACAAAUAGUCAGAAUGAUGGUGGUAAACGCUAAAUUAGCUCUGCUGUUGGUAUCGGUGGCCGCUUUCGGUUACCUGCAGACGGCCUUGGCUUAUUCCGAAGGUGCACCUUUGGAAGUGUGCACUGACUUGAUGCCCCAGCAUGGAGCCCCCGCCCAGACCAAAGAAUCGCCAUACACCUUAACGCUUAACCGCAAGUCCGUGAAAGGUGGCGAAUCAGUGACGCUGACCCUCGCCUCCAAAGACUUUUCCAAAUUCAAAGGCUUCAUAGUUCAGGCUAGAGAUAGCAAAGACAAGCCCAUGGGCUCGUUCACGUCUCUGCCCGCAUCCAAGAACAAUGCAGAGUUCAAGGGUAAAUGGAAGCUCAUCAGUUGCCCAGAUGGACCGACCAACAAUACCGCAACUCAUGCAAACGCUGUCGAAAAAUCAAGAGUAGUUCUCACAUGGACCGCACCGAAAACUCUCGAAGGGCAGAGCUUCAGAUUUAAAUACACAGUCGCCAAGAACGGUGGAGAAUACUGGGUUGGAAAGGAAUCUGAAAAUGUUUCUGUGUCUCAAUCCGGUUCGACUAGGAAAAACUAAUUUAAUCAAAAAACACAACAAAAAAAAACCACCUAAAUUAUAAAUAUUAUUUUUUAUUGUUAGUACCAGUUCAUUGUAUUUUAUUUUACGAACAGUGAAUAGUGAUGAAAAUUGUCAUAUGGAUUAUACAUCAUUUUUAUAAAAUUAGUUUUAAGGAGUAUAAAUAAAUAAUAGUUAUAUAAUUUA